CGAACUUGAGAAAUUCACCAGACAUGCAGCCCCCGAACAGUAUGACCAAACCGACAGAGGGCGCUUCAACUCGCUUGGUAUCGAUUCUUCCUUCACAACUCCCGGCCAGUCAGUCUACGUCAAGUCCUAUGAACCGGACCAGUUACACUCAACAACGCCCUCUUCUGAGUUCCCGACUACUGGGCAGCCGUAGCAGGUAUCGCUGUUAUGAAUGUGGCCUCGUGUGUCACAAGCCAUGUCUGUUGCGAAAGCACUACCGGACCCAUUCAAACCUGCGUCCCUACAUUUGCCCACACUGUGAAGUAUCCUUCAAAACGCGGGGCAACCUGAGCAAGCACAUGAAAUCGCGUGGACAUCAUUACAGAUGUGUUCGAGAUUUGGGGCUCGAUCAAGCCCCACUAGUUGUGGACGAUGCAACGCAGGUUGACCGACAGGCUUUGGAACGCCAGAGGCAACUGGUGUUGAAAAAGGAGAACGUAAAACGUGAAUUAUGGAGGUCACGGUUACGCGCUAUCAAAGCCAAUCCGAACAACCCAGUAGGCCGUUCCCGCCGCAUAGCGAUUUCCACCAAACCCUCUCGUUCAUCUAUCAAACAACGUAGGCGUCGUCAGGCGACUCGUUCAAAAGACAGUGCCUCGCCUCGGCACAGAAGCCCAAUGAUCAUUGUAUCAGCCAGUCCAACGUCACCCGGCAGCGCACACCACCCCGGUCCAGUUCCUGCUGUGCCUAGAUCAGAUUUUACAGACCGUAUACCAGCGCCCAACGUGAAUGCAGUUCAUCUGCUCCAAGAUCUUCCUUUGAACCUCAGCGUACGCCCUCGGGAGGCAACAGUUGUCAUACCUUAUCAGUUAGAUUCCACCCUUUCCGGGACUCUUCCGUGUUCCGGUUCAACUUCCUCAGUGUUAACCAAUCCAGUCCCACCAACCAAUCAGGCUGCUGUUGGUUCGAAACUGACGGUUCUGGAUGCGGAAGAGAUCGUGCGUACCGCGGUCGCGGCUGCAAGGACACUAAGCCACGAAAAACCUCACCCCGUCGCCAAUAACGCAACACCAUUACAUCAGUCUGCUGAACAAGUCUUAUCCCUUCAAGUAUGCACUGAUCGUGCUUCUUCGCCAGCUGAUACCAGUUUGGACCGCAGAGGCAGAACAAUGACACGUGUGUUGUCGACGACUACCAGUCCUCAGACCCCUGUUCCAAUCUUAUCUCCAGCCCGAACUCCACAUUCCAUUUCCCGGACUUCGGCUCCACCGGCUAGCUGCUCAUCCUCGCAGGCCGUUGGUUCCGCAUCGUAUACUGUGACAAGCACCGCCAACUUGUAUAGUCCUCCAAAAUCAUCUGGAAAGGGUGCAAGCACAACGACAAACGGGAACCUUUGUGACACGUUGACGAGUCUACCACUGCUUCCCAGAAGACAAACGGACCACGCGCAAUCGGAAGUGAGACGAACUUCAACGACGACCACCAUCACCAACAGUCGACCACGAGAUCCUCGACCUUACAAAUGUUCCGUCUGUCAGGUUGGUUUCCGCGUGACAGGACACUUACACAAACACUAUCGGGCAAAGUCACAUUUGGUCUGCGUGCUACAGUCGCAUAAUUUGUCGCUAGAUACCAUUGAGUCGGUUCGACGAAAUCGUUUCAACGUGUCGCAAAUUGUCAACCCGGACACGGGACAGUUACGAAUGAGAGCGAUUGAACGCCUCCAGAUGAUACGACCGAAUCCGACCACAUCACAACCCGGUGGCACGUCACUUCCACCGAUUCUGCCAGCUUCCAGUUCAGCUGGAACAGACUGAAAGGAUUUCACCCAGCUGCCACUGUAAAAUCUUGUACAGAGUCAUACACCAAUUACGUCUUUGUGCCACGCUUGUCGCACAACAAUGUAUUAUCCAAUUAUUAUUCAUUGAUUCUCUC